AUGAUCUGUCGACAGUGCCGCUCGUCUCUCCUCUCCCGCCUCCCAUCCUCCCGACUUUCAUCGUCUUCAUACGCCAACCUCGCAUCGCGGCAGCACCUACUAUCCCAAUCCCGAUUCUACAGCUCCGCACCACCCACCGCAGAAACAAAAGCUACCUCGCCCUCUCCCGCCGGUGCUCCUUCAAAAGCUCGCCCAAAGGUCGUCAGCGCCACCCCUGCCGGCACAAAACUGGAGGGAUUGAACUAUGAGAAGAACAAACAAGACCCGAUUGCGAUGGAAGACCACGAAUAUCCGGAUUGGUUAUGGACUCUAUUAGAUAGUCCUGGUAAAAAGGCAGCGGCUGGAUCAGUUGAUGUUGCAAGUAUGAAUAAGAAAGCACGCAAGAAGCACGAUAAGAAAAUGGCUGCUUUGGCUGCUGGGAAGCCACGCCCGAUUCCAGCACACGAGCAGGCCACUGACAUUACGCCUGCGAGUUAUAAUAUCGACCCUAGCGCUGGCGAAGCGCAAGCUGCUGAUAAUAUCGAAGCCGCUACUUCUGGAUUGGCUGUUAGGGAGGAAAUCACCAAGAGUGCUCGUAAUGCAAGGAAGAAGGCUAUCAAGGAAUCCAACUUCUUGCGCGGAUUGUAA